AUGCCUGCUAGGAGACGUGAUCGGAUAUGGGGAUCCGAAGCCGAGAGAAACAAUACAUCAGGAGGUAUGUGCGCCACCUCCCCAGUUAUCAUCAAAGCGGAUUUAGCCACAUUCCCCACAGAGAGUAAGGUGACUAUGCUCACAGAGCUGGCUGAACUAUGCUCCAAUAUUGCAAGAAUGGAGGGUAGAGUGUCAGCAGUGGAGACACAAGCAGUGCAGACUGAUCAGAGCCAUAGAGCCAUGGAGUUGGCAGUAGAAAGACAGGGUUCUGCUUCGCUGUAUGUGAGGCUCUGUGUGGAAGACCUUCGGUAA